GCCGAGCUUGCCAGGCCUGAGGCAGGAGGAGGCCGCGCCCAUGGGCUCUCAGCCACCGCCGCUGGCCGCCGUGUCCUUGCUGGGGAUGCUGGUCACUUCCUGCCUCGGAUGGUCCAGCUGGGAUGAGCCAGGUUUCCUGGCCAAUCUCACCAACUCCCACUCACCGUGCCAGGGCCAGCUGGAGGUCUACACCACGGGCUCAUGGCACACCGUGUGCAGCCGCAGCUGGGGCAUGAACUCAGAGGGCUGGAAGGACCCCUGGAAGGCCUCAAAGCUCUGUCAGCAGCUGCACUGUGGGGAGGCCCUGGCGGUCGGCCCCUUCCCUCACUUCAACAAACCCCGCAACCAGCUGUUCUGCAUGGGACUCCCAGGGUCCUUUGCCAACUGCAGCAGGAUCAGCCAGUGCCACUCGCUGGGCCUGGUCUGCUUAGAGCCCAGGAAAACAACACCUCCGCCCACAAGUCCCCCGCCGGAAACCACUCCGCAGCCCACGGCUCCCCCCAGGCUGCAGCUGGUGCCAGGGCCCCGGGGCCUGCACUGCGCCGGCGUGGUGGAAUUCUACAGGGGCAGCCUGGGGGGCACCAUCUGCGCUGAGGCUCAGGACAAGAACGAGGACUUGGGGAAGUUCGUCUGUGCCACCCUCCAGUGCGGUUCCUUGAAGGAAGUGACAGCGGUCGAGGCUGCGGGGGAGCUGGGAGGACGCAGGCCUCUGCCAAUCCGAUGGGGCAUCCAGAACGCGAGCUGCACCUCCCUGGAGCAGUGCUUCAGGAGAAUCCGACCUCAGGACGGCCGCCGGGCUCUGGCCCUCGUCUGCUCGGAUUUCCAGCCCAAGGUGCAGAGCCGCCUUGUGGGGGGCAGCAGCAUAUGCGAGGGCACCGCGGAGGUGCGCCAGGGCCCGCGGUGGGCAGCUCUGUGCCACAACUCUUCAGCCAAGGGCACGGCGCGGUGGGAGGAGCUGUGCCAGGAACAGCAAUGCGGCAUCGUCAACUCCUACUACGUGCUGGAUACUGGCAAGAAGGCUGCCUGGGGGUUCUCAUGUCCCCAGGAGAAACUGUCCCAGUGCCACGAGCUUCGGGAGAAAAAAGCCAACUGCAAGAGGGUGUUUGUCACAUGCCAGGACCCAAACCCUGCAGGCCCAGCCGCAGGCACCGUGGCGAGCAUCAUCCUGGCCCUGGUGCUCCUGGCAGUGCUGCUGGUGGUGUGCGGCCCUCUCGCCUACAGGAAGCUGGUGAAGAAAUUCCGACAGAAGAAGCAGCGCCAGUGGAUCGGCCCCACGGAAAUGAGCCAGAACAUGUCCUUCCACCGCAACCACACGGCCACCACCGUGCGCUCCCAGGCGGGGAACCCCACAGCCUCCUCCCACGUGGAUAACGAGUACAGCCAGCCUCCCAGGAACUCCCGCCUGUCCGCUUAUCCGGCCCUGGAAGGGGCCCUGCAUCGCUCCUCCACGCAGCCCGACAAUUCCUCCGACAGCGACUACGACCUGCACGCAGCGCAGAGGCUGUGAAAGGUGCAUGUGACCCCGGCCAGAGGCCCAGCACCCCAGUGUCCCCACAGCCCUAGGGACCAGCGCCAGCCACCCUACUCCUCUCCUCGUCCCCUCCUGCCCGCACCUGAGUGCCUGGGUUCUUGCAAAGGCAAACAGCAAGUGCCAGCAAUGUAGGUGUUGGCGCUGACUCGAAGCAGAGGAAUCCUCCACCUGAGCCCACCUGGAAGCCCUCCCACAAGGCCCUGGGGCACCAGCAGCGGGACAAGCAGCUGUGCCGUCGGAGCCCAGGGCUGGGCCUGUCCCGCACCUCCCCAAGUCACCUGCGGGGACUGGGGUUUCCCCCUCCAACAGGUUUCCGUCUCACCCCACAGAACUGGCAACCCAGAGCUGGACUCAUCUGUCCGGAGAAAGCACGCAACCUCUUUUCCCUAGUUCAGCAACAGCGGAUUUCUACCCCAGCCAGAGCUGGACAGAGACCAGGGUGCCUUCGCACACAUCCUGCUACCCACAGGGGCAGGCCAGCUCUUACCUUCCCCGCCCAGACAGACCCUGACCCAGGCGAGGACCAUCACAGUGGCAGGCCCAGCCCCUCCAGGUGUGGCGCCUCUCAGUAGAGACUUGGGGGUGUCCAGAAGCUGGCCCCCUUUCCUAACAGGGGCAGAAUUGGCCUUUCUCCUUGGACCGUGACCCCGGUGAGGAAUGACAAGGAAGCUCAGAGCUGUUGGGGGUGAUUCCCUGGUGUAUGGUUGGUGUGUUCUUUGUA